AUGAAUAUAAUUUCAUACUUUACACAAAAUAAAGAAUUAUGGAAGAAGAUUAUCAAAUGUACCAUCGCUUAUGAGAUCGGAUCUAUCAUCAUUCUGAUCCCUCAAGUCAACGAAAAUGUUGGAGUGGUGCCCUUCUUGGUGACGCUGGGGACGUUGUUCUACAAUGCAAGCGGUACUGCCGGCAACCAGAUGGUGGAGAUGGCCCUCAAUGUAGCCAUGAUGGUGCCUGCCUGUAUAUGGUGCGCUAUUGUCUCUUAUCUCUGCACGCUCUAUAAUCAGCAUAUCGAAUCAGCGAAUCUGUAUCCAUUUGGGGCGGGCAUCAUUGCUGCGAUUGCCUUUUUUAUGUGCAUCUUUGUUACCGCUUACUACAGACUGAAAUACCCACGAUUAUUUAUCCCUGCUCUGCAAGGAUUUGUUAUUCCAAUCUUUGGUUUGACAAGCGGCAUCUACAACAAGCAGUUCAAUGUUAUGGCCAUUGUGGGUAUUUUUUACCCUUCUCUGAUAGGUGGUGCUAUCGCUCUGUUGACCAACUUGUUGAUCUGGCCAGAAACUGCUGCCAAAGUGUCAGAAAAUGCUUUCGGAAGUGCCCUGACUUCGAUACAGAAUGUUUUGGAAUUUAUAGAAUCUGACAUAUUCCAGGAGAGCAAUCUCGCAUUUACGGAUUUAUCGGCAUCCAAAAAGCUACGUCAAAACAUCCAGACACUGGAUUCAGACAUAUCCAAAAUGCAAUCCUCAAGAACAGAAGCCAAGUACGAAAUUGUUGUCUCGCACUAUUGCCCAAUAUGGUACAAGCAGUUUGCCAAAACGAUGAGCGGUUUAUCUCGAAAUCUGUAUGGGUUUUCUAUGGCUGUCGGUCGAGAGGGUGAGAUCAUGUUGCAUCAAAAGAUUCAAGCUCAAUUGAAUCUACAUCGUCAUAAUCACCGUGAUGAGUUUGCUGAGCAACAACAUCAACAAUCACUGCGAUUAAGAAAACAGCAAUUUGAGCAUGGCGAUACUAUGAUGAGCCAAGGAUCUGGCUACAUAGCCAUGGGCACCGAUAAACUUGACGGUGGUGGUACCGUUUCCCGCAUUGAGUACAAGCUGAUAUCUCAUCUGCAUUCGUCUAUUCAACCCGAGAUCAAGCAAUUUAUCGCCAUUUGCAUCUCCUUUAUGAAAUCAAUCAGACACAAACUAGCAGAAAACAGCGCAAUUCCAACGCACCAGCGUCCUGCAGGAAAUGAAGAAGUGUGUCAUAUCAAAGACUUGGCCAGAGCAAUGCAAUCGCUACAAGACGCCAAGAUCAUCUUACAAAAGCAAAAUGAGGAUCGUCGAGCUCAACCAACGGAAGACCACUAUCUUAUCUACACACUUUUAUUCUCGCUGACCCAAUUUGGCAACAAGAUGAUUGAGUUGGAGGGACAGGCAAAUCAGUUGAUUGAAAAGAGGGCUGGUGGCAAGUACCCUCGCGUCUUCUUUCCUAGAAUGAAUUUCAAGAAAUGGCUCGGCAAGGCGAACGAAAAUGCGCAUAACCAACGUGCUGCGACUGAACAGGUGCUGUUUGAUCAACAGGAUCUGUUGCAAAGAGAGGAAACUAGAAGAUCAAUCAGAAAUGAAAGAGUGGAUGAUGUUGAUAUGAUAGAGGCAAGCAGCGGAAACAUCAGAAUGAAGGCAACCGCAGCGGUCACCAACAACAAGAGCAGCAGCAGCAGUAGCAGUAGCAGCAGCAACAUAGGCAGCGAGAUUAUUCAUGAGCCUACUGUAUCACACAAACCCCAUGGCGCCAUUGAAAAACGAAUGUCAAUGGAGAGCGAUUGGAUAGACGACGAUCAGUCCCCAAUACCACUGCAACAUGCACCAGGCACUCAUGUUUGGAACAAAUGGUUCCAUCACAUCAGUGAAUGGCUCAAGAAGGAUCCUACGAGAUAUGCUAUCAAAUUUACAGUGACUAUGGAGCUGUUAGCAUUGAUGGCGUGGUUACCAAUCAAUGGCGUGAACGAGUUGUACGUGGAUAAUCACGGACAAUGGGCUCUUUUAUCAGCCAUGGUUGUAUUCAAUUUCACAGUCGGAUCCACUGCAUUGCAAAGCUUUUUCCGAGUCCUGGCAACCAUCAUAGGCUCUGUGUGUGGCUAUCUCUGCUUACUAGCAGCCAAUGGAAACCACAAUCCUUAUGUGCUUUCUGUUAUGACAUUGAUCUUCCAGGUUCCCAUGUGGUACUCGCUGUUGGGAGGCAAAUACCCUAGAAUUGGAUUCAUCUCUCUACUCACCAUGGCAGUUAUCGUCUCGACUGGUUACACUGAUAGAUACAGAGAGGGCAUAUUUGACCCCGUCUGGAAGCGUGCUUUGACUGCCAUCUUUGCUAUCCUUGUUGUCAUCAUUGUAGAUAACUUGCUGUGGCCAGUGUGGGCUCGCAAAAUGGUGCGUAAGCACGUGUCUGAUUUGCUGAUAGCUACAGGCAUUCAGUAUUCCAAAGUGGCCUCGUUGGUGUGUCAACCCAAUACGAACAGUUAUCGUUACAAGUAUACUCUGAAAGAUGCGCAGUGCAACACCAAGAUACUUCGUCGACAGCAUCAACUCUGUAUCCAAAUGUUGGGCCUGGCAGAAUUGGAACCUCGAAUCACAAAAGGCGCUUUCCCCAUCGAUAUCUAUCGCCAGAUUUUAGAUCAUGAACUCAACAUAUUAUACUGGAUCGAGCAUUUACUUAAAGUGCAAAAAUUCAUCACUAAACGAGUGCGACAGCUUAUCAUGAACCCCCUGAAUUCAUACAGAAAAGAAUUGGCGGCUGCUGUGCAUCUGUACUUGUUUACUCUGGCGGGUUCUCUGCGCACUAAAUCCUCGUUACCCGCUUCCUUACCUUCCGCAGAACUAGCUAGGCAGAUGUUGCAACAACGUCAAGCAGAGCUGUGGCACGAUGAUUUCGAUAAACUGAACGAUAUGACGUCUGAAGAGGAGAAAAGUGUUGUUUUGGAUGAGGAUCAAGCAAAAUCUAAGCAAAUUAGGAGUGUAGAAAAUCAUAUCUACUGGCAGACAUAUGCUGCAGGCAAUGUCGAAUUGAUCAUCGAACAAGAAGCUAUGGGCGAACUGGUUGUCAAGCUAAUGGGACAGCAUGUAUUUAGAGCCGCUACCAAGGACUGGAUUGUCUAG